GUGGUGGGCAGAGUUCUCCCGCUCCAGCUGAUCGAUCACCUGACCCGUGGUUACCUUAGCGACCCGCUGGUGACCCGCCUCCUGAACAGCACCCGCGUCCACAUCCUGGUUUCCAUGAACCCAGACGGCUUCGAGUCCUCCAGCAGAGACUGCAUGUACUCCCAGGGGAGGUUCAAUAAGAACGGCAUCGAUCUGAACAGGAACUUCCCAGAUGCCUUCUCUAAGAAGGAGAGUGGAAUGAGAGAGAUGGAGGUGAGAGCCAUUAUGGACUGGCUGAAGACUGAGAGCUUCGUCCUGUCAGCCAACCUGCACGGUGGGGCUGUGGUGGCCAGCUACCCCUACGACAACAGCAAUGGAGGUAGUGAGCUGCAGAGUGGAUCCAGUGUUGCCCCUGACAACGACGUGUUGAUCCAGCUGGCUAAGACCUACUCCUACACCCACAGCAAGAUGCACAAGGGAGACCACUGUUACGACUCCAAGGACUUUAAGGAGGGCAUCACCAACGGUUACUACUGGUACCCUCUACCAGGAGGGAUGCAGGACUAUAACUACGUGUGGGGCCAGUGUCUAGAGAUCACCUUGGAGCUGUCCUGUUGUAAAUUCCCUCCAGAGAGUGAUCUGCCUGGGCUCUGGGAUGCCAACCGGGCCGCGCUGCUGGCAUACAUGCAACAGGUCCAUCUGGGUGUGAAAGGGCAGGUGUUGGACGCGGAGGGAAACCCAUUACAGAAUGCUUUGGUGGAGGUGGAGGGGAGACGGAACCUCUGUCCCUUCAGAACGGACCUCCAUGGAGAGUACUACAGACUGCUGUUGCCAGGCAACUACACCUUUAUGGUAACGUUCCCGGGUCACCAGGUGUUGAUGGAGACGUUAACGGUCCCGUACGGUCCCGACUCAUUCUCCGCCCUCGUCCACAACUUCCAGCUGCAGAGGACCGCAGCCACCACCCCUGGCCCCAGCCACCCCACCCAGUCCUGCACCCCACCCCAGGUCUGGAGGCCCCUGGAUGGCCACUCUCCCAGCCUGGGCCCCUCGGGUGUCACCAUCCUCCUGGUUCUCCAGGUUCUCUGGAAUACCAUGUUACUGUGACUGAGAGAUGGGUCGCGUCUCAAAUGGAACCUUAUUUCCUGUAUAGUGUAGGGCUCUAGUCAAAAAUAGUGCACUAUAUAGGGGAUAGGAUGCCAUUUGGGACGUAUCCAUGGAGAUAGACUGACUGAGAUGGGAUCUCCCAGUCCAGAGACAUUGUCUUUUUUUCAGUAUUUUUGUACAAACAAAAAAAUCCGAUAUAUAUUUUCUUGUAACACUUUGCAUUGCUCUACCUUGCACAAACAUGUGAGCCAUUUUGUGUUUUUAAAAAUUGUAUGUUUUGUAUUGAUGCUUUUUAGUAGUUUUUUUACAUUGUGCUGAAAGAAAGUACUGCCAGCCAGCAAUCUGCCAUGCCAAGCUAAGAAGAAGAGACGAAGGACAAGGGGUAAGGAAGGGAUGGAGGGAAGGGUGUUGAGAAGGACAAGGGGUAAGGAAGGGAUGGAGGGAAGGGUGUUGAGAAGGACAAGGGGUAAGGAAGGGAUAGAGGAAAGGGUGUUGAGAAGGACAAGGGGUAAGGAAGGGAUGGAGGGAAGGGUGUUGAGAAGGACAAGGGGUAAGGAAGGGAUAGAGGGAAGGGUGUUGAGAAGGACAAGGGGUAAGGAAGGGAUGGAGGGAAGGGUGUUGAGAAGGACAAGGGGUAAGGAAGGGAUGGAGGGAAGGGUGUUGAGAAGGACAAGGGGUAAGGAAGGGAUGGAGGGAAGGGUGUUGAGAAGGUCUAGAAGUGCCUCUAAGAACGCCUACCAGUCAACGUGAUACCUGGAAUCACACCUCCACCUGCAAACAUGACAAGACUUGCUUUUAGACAGAGACUACCUGCCUGAGCUCACUGCACAGCAGAGAGAACACCCAGCAGAGAGAGAACACCCAGCAGAGAGAGAACACCCAGCAGAGAGAACACCCAGCAGAGAGAGAACACCCAGCAGAGAGAGAACACCCAGCAGAGAGAGAACACCCAGCAGAGAGAGAACACCCAGCAGAGA